UCUGUGAUUGACAGUUUAAUUAAGUCUUUACGCACUAUUAUGCGUUAAUAGUUAAAUUAGCAUUCGUAAGUGCCUGCUGCAAUUGAAACUGUCAAUCAAUUGCCAAUCAAUUUACUAUAUAAGUCGACGCACUCGCUCAGUGAGCAAACAAAUCGUAAAAAUGAAUUUUAGACAGCUAACUUUUGUUAUCGUACUAUGUGAGUUUCGGGCAGGAGACUCCUCGAUGGAGUCUUCUGUGCUACUUGAAUUCACGACUCGAUUGGUGAAGACACAGGAGAGUGUUAUAUUUGCCUGCUCUAAGCAAGAUCUCCUUUUUAAUGCCGUGGCUCUCAUGCAAUCCAAUCAACUUAUUUACCCCGUCAAUUUAAACAAUUCCAAUUCCUUAACAGACGUUUUAACAAGGGAAAACUAUGCGCGGACUGCUGUCAUUGUGGAUACAAGUUGUGAAGGUGCCCCAAAGUUGCUAAUGGAAGCCACUGGUUACAGAUAUUUCAACAAGACAUAUCAGUGGCUGCUUUGGGGCGUGCAUGCAGAUAUUGACCAUUUGCUGCCUCUCAAGUUGGACUAUGUUGGCCCAAAUGCGCAGAUUACCUAUGUGAAUAGAACAGAAGACGGUUACGCCUUGUGGGACAUUCACUCGAAGGGUCGUCAUUUGAAAUCACCAUUGGAAGUGCAUUUAAUAGCCAAGUAUUUAAUUGACGCAAAACAACUGAUUAUAGUUCGAGAUAUCUUUGAGUUGCAGAGCAUCAGGUAUCGCAGUCAGUUCAAUGGUUUGACCUUACGUGGAGCCACUGUGAUUGAUCAGGAGGACAUAGUGACCAAUGAACAGAUUGUGGAAAUAUUGGCUCGUCCAACUAAGGAUCCGGGCGUGGCUGCAUUCGUCAAGUAUCAUUACGAGCUAUUGCGUCUGCUUAAGGAUCAGUUCAACUUUACAGUCAAUUUUCGCAAUUCCCGCGGCUGGGCUGGCAGAUUGGGGAACACCACAUUUCGACUGGGUCUGCUGGGCAUCGUAAUGCGCAAUGAGGCGGAUGUUGCAGCAACGGGUGCCUUCGAUCGCUUAAAUCGAUUUGCAGAAUUUGACACAAUCCACCAAAGUUGGAAGUUUGAGGUAGCGUUCUUAUAUCGCUUCACGCCUGAUUUAGAUACGCAGGGCAAAAGCGGCAACUUUCUGGCACCUUUCAGUGGACGCGUUUGGCUCUUCACUUCGGCCACUUUAAUGGCAACCAACUUUAUUUGGUUCCUUAUUGAUUACAUAAGCAAUCGAUAUAAAAACAUAGCAAGGCCAAAAAAAGCCAAAGAGCAAGUAAAGUUUUUUCAACGUUCGAAUUUAAGAACAACUCCUGAGGCAACAGCAGACAAAUCCAAAAGUAAUUGGAUAGAACAUACACUGCAUAUUUUUGGAGCUGCUUGCCAGCAGGGAAUGGAACCGAUUCCAACCGGUUUGCCAUCUCGAUCCCUUGUCCUGACCGUGUUCCUCUUUUCGGUGGUAAUGUACAAUUAUUAUACUUCAUCGGUGGUUGGUGGAUUGCUGAGCUCUUCAGAUCAUGGUCCUGCUUCUGUCGCUGAAAUCAUCUCAAGCCCGCUAAAAAUCUCAUUUGAAGAUAUUGGUUACUAUAAAAUUUUAUUCAAAGAGAGUACAAAUCCGCUUGUGACUCAACUCAUAAGUAAGAAAUUAUCUGCAGCCAGGGGUCCCAAUGAAAUGGGUGUUUAUGGUCACAUCGAGGAUGCGAUUCCUUAUCUGAAACGCGGCGGAUUCGCCUUUCAUUGCGAAGUAGUCGAUGCCUAUCCAAUAAUAGCUGAAUUGUUCGAUGCCAAUGAAAUCUGCGAUUUGCGCCAAGUUUCCGGCCUAAUGGAAGUACAGAUCAUAAACUGGAUUCUGCAUAAGAAUAGCCAGUACAGCGAGCUCUUUAAAACAGCCAUGUGUAAAGCUCGUGAAGCUGGUUUAGUGGAGAGAAUUCUGCGAGAGCGACAAAUUAGAAAGCCAGAAUGUCAGUCCCUGUACACCGUCUAUCCAGUUAGCAUGUCGGGCGUUACAUCUGCAUUUUUCACCUUGCUAGGUGGUGCUUUACUGGCUAUGCUCUCAUUUUGUGUGGAACUGGUAACGGUUAAAUGGCGACAGCAAAAGUAAUAGUUACAGUUACCCAUUCAUCGAUUAUCUUAUUAGCACAACAGCUGCACCGUUUUUGUUCAGUGUUGAUAGGCGGCAAUUUUAAUUGU